GCUCUCUUGCUGUGGGGAGGUCAACAUAGUUAGUGUCUCUGCUGGCAAAGCUUCAUGUAGUACCUAGCCAUGAGUCCUGCUUGUUCAAAGUGGAGUCCUCCAGAGUUGAGAAUGAUCGUGGUUCUUCAGUUCAUGGCGUUUUGCCUGUCUCUGGUCUCCACGCUGUUCCUCAUCGUGGCCACAUGGACAGACUGCUGGAUGGUCAACGCAGAUGACAGCUUGGAGGUCAGUCAGAAGUGCAGAGGGCUGUGGUGGGAGUGUGUCACCAACACUCAGGAUGGCAUCCGGACAUGUGACCAGUAUGACACGAUAUUAGCAGAACAUCCUUUGAAGAUUGUACUGACCCGUGCGUUGAUGAUCACAGCGGACAUCCUGGCCAGCUUCGCACUCAUCAUCUUGAUGCUGGGUCUGGACUGUGUGCGCUUCCUGAAGGAAGAGCCCCACAUUAAACUGAGGAUGUGCUACAUGGCAGGCUUCAUAUUCGGGGUAGGAGGGAUCCCUGGGAUGAUUGGCUCGGUGUGGUAUGCUGUGGAUGUGUAUGUGGAGAGAGCCACUCUCGUUUUAAAGAACGUCUUCUUAGGGAUUCACUAUGAAUUUGGCUGGUCCUGCUGGCUUGCGAUGGCUGGAUCAACUGGCUGUUUUCUAGCUUCUAUUGUACUAACCUGCUGCCUUUAUAUUUUUAGAGACGCUAGAUCUUCGCGAUAUAACAGGUCCAUAUAUCAUUACGGAAGGACAGCAGCUGGAAAGAUAUAUGCAAUGGAUUCCCGAGUGUAGUUAAAGGAUUAAUAACUGUAAAUAAGACAGCAACAGGGAGGUGAUGGAGGGGCUCUGAUAAGGAGACUCCUGAAUGUUAAGUGUUAGCUAGGCUGCCUAAGAGACCCUUCCAUCAGAUCAGCAGGCUUGUGAUCAUCAUCAGAAUCAAGGGGGUCACACACCCUUUAAUGUGGGUAUAAUUCCACAAUCGAAAUCCAGGGACACACACACACCCUAUAACGUGGGUAUAAUUCCCCAAUCGAAAUCCAGGGACGGACACACACCCUGUAACGUGAGUAUAAUUUCCCAAUCGAAAUCCAGGGACACACACAUACCCUGUAACGUGGGUAUAAUUCCCCAAUCGAAAUCCAGGGACACACACAUACCCUGUAACGUGGGUAUAAUUCCCCAGUCGAAAUCCAGGGACACACACACACCCUGUAACGUGAGUAUAAUUCUGAAACAAGUUCAAGGAGAGGAAUACAACAUGUUAACUGUAUAAAACUACUGAGAAAUAUAAUGUAGGGUGUUCCGAGUGGCUCGUCUGGAAAAUGAAGAAGAUUAUUUGUUGUACCCAUCGCAGCUUGUUCAUGUUGGGCUACAUCCUUCCGUUGCCUCUCUGUUGCUUAUUCCUGUUGAAGUCGCACUGCUAGUUAUCAGAGCACUUUUAGGUUGUUUGUGUUACUUUGUACACAGUGUGUCAUGGAAAUAGCUUUGAAAGAUAGCUUUACACUGGUUAGAUAUAGUAUUAUUUAAACUGGCUUCAUGUGUAAAAAGCUAGGAGUCUUCAUAAUGAGGUUCAGAUGUAUUUCCAAGAGAUUAGUAAAGAGAAUAUUGAAAUAUUAUACUCUUUAAUAGUAAUUAUGAUAAUACUGUGCCUGGAUAUUUAUUAAGAGCAGCGUGCAAAUGCAAUUGGGGCCUUUUAUUGUUUUGUUUUUUUUAAAUUCUCAAACCAAAACUUACGCCAAAAUAACUGUGGAAACAUUGAAAGCAUUGAAAUAAUCCAGAAUUGUGCUUAAUUUUCUCUACUAGGACUGAACAUUAUUGCAAGUUCAGAAUACUAUUUUUUAUUAUUUUUUAUUUUUUGCACCAAAGCCAUAAGAAUAGCUUAAAAGGGAUUAUAGAUGACAAAAUAAUCCCACAAAUAUUAAAACCUGAUGUCUGGUACUAUCCUAGAUUAAAGAAAUCUCUGUUUCCAAACCAUGCUUUCAGAAAGUGUUGCACUUCCUUGGUCCUUCAGCAGUUUUAUUCUUGUCAUUAACCAGCCAGCAACUUCCUCUAUUGACAGGAUGCUUUCAGCCACUAACAUGCUUUGACCCUGAAUACACUGCUGAGGUGACAAAGUGCAACAGAUUUCCUGAGAGAAAGUCAUAGAAACCGAGAACUUCCUAAUUUAGUACUAGACAUCAUGAUUCAAAAUGAAAAUCCAUGUUUGUUGUAAGGUGUUUCUUUCAAAACAGCACAUUUGGGACAUAUUUAGCUAAUGGAGGUGCACAACAAGUACCAUUUAUGGAAUUAUUUUGUUAGCUACAAGCACUUUAAAGGUGCUUCUGCUGAGAAAUGAUUUAAAAUAAGCUUGGAGAACAGUGGAAAAUAUUUUGUUUUGCGUAUGCACGUUGUUGUCAAAUCUGCAAAUAACAAAUGACGCCUAGUAAAUUGCCUUCCAUCUCACUAGUGUAGUCACAAAAGGUAUCAAAUAGAUCACACAGUUUCAACUUCAGGUGAUACUGAGGACAGAUCCACAAAGGGGAACACAUCACGUUUCCAUCAACAUUGUUACACAAAGGUAGAAAAACAGGGAUUAUUUUGGUAUCUGUUUGCAUGUUUUUUCAGACAAACUCACUGAGUAGGCAUGGUCAACCUUUGGUACCAACAGCUGUUCAUUUUGAAAUCCUUCUUAGCAUUUCGAUACAGCUGGCCAUAUUGUACUCCAGUCUUUAAUCAACUCCUGUUUUGUGAAAAGAGAAAAAACACCCACUGACUGCAAACCUAGCAUCAGACUUCUAAAGCAUAGAACUGGAGGUCCCUCAAGCACUCUCAGGUUUUUUGUUUCUUAGUGUUGUACAUUAUUGUUGCAUUUUCAUCUUUCAAAAAACAGGAGUUACUUAAAGACUGGAGUAAAUGCUUCAGAAAUAUAACCCAGUGCCUCUUGUCUGAUUCAAACUAGGUCCCAGUGUUUCAAAACCAGGAAUGUGCCUGACCAAAGUCUCAAAGAAGUUAAUAUUACCUCGGUAAUACAAAGCAGUUUAGAAAGACUCAUGUCUGUAAACCCAAACUCAAACGCACCAUGAAACCAGUCUGUACAACUCAACUUCCACUAUCAGCCAGUUCCAUCUGCAGUCAACAGGACAACAAUUAGCAACCAAGGACAACAAUUAGCAUCUGUAUGUGUGUGUGUGUGUGUGUAUGCUGUUUUUGUAAAAUGCCCGUUUAUUUUGUCACCUACCUCCAAUAUUUCUCGUAAAAUACAUUACAGCCCUUUGGAGUCUCAACUGGGGUCCUAAUUUAAAGGGGUUUGAUUUCAGUCUGCUGUCAGUGGAAACAAACCCAAUAGAUUUCAAAGCACCUCAGUCCCGGUAGCAGAUGGAAACUUGUCGUAAUUCAAUGAAUCAUUGCUGAUUUCAGAUUCAUUUUCAAUGGUGGAAGAUGGAAGCGUACUGAAGCAUUAGAUUUAGCCUUUACAAUCUCUACCCUAACAAUAUGUAACUUUUUAAUACUUGAAAUAUGUUAUUUGUACUCUUAAAUACUGAAUGACUAUAGCACAUUGUUUAUGUCAAGUGUAAUAUAACUAAACUGUCUAUGCUUUGCUGUUGAAUAUUUUUUCCUAAAUUAAAUAAUUCAAAAUGUC